ACUACUCUUGUUGCAGCCUAGGAUGGGUCUGACGACGGAAGAAGGGAGGGGGGUCGUGGCGUCUGACGCGUCGGUGGAGCUCACAGCUGCUUGUUGUCAUGGAGGAGCAAAGAUGGCGGGUCUUGCCUAUAGCCUGGGCAAGCGAGAAAUAAACCAACAUUUUACCAUUAAAAACGCCAAGCUGAUAUCGCUGGCGCUUGUUAUUUUACUCGUCAUAUUCCACGCGGUUUCGCGGUAUUUUGGAGGCGGAGAUUCAUGUGAAUGGCUGCUGUCCAGCGGACGUUACUUGGGGGAGAACGUUUGGCAGCCUUAUGGCUGCAUGAUGCACAAAUACAGAAGCAUUGAAGCUAAAACAUGCCUUUCAGAAAAGCGAGUGGCCUUUCUCGGAGAUUCCCGAAUAAGGCAGUUGUUUUAUUCCUUCAUCAAAGUUAUUGACCCUGGUCAAAGAGAAGAGGGUAAUAAGCAUGCAGAGAUUUCUUUUGAAGAAAAGAGCUCCUCUCUUUACGUGGACUUCCUGUGGUAUCCUGAGGCAAAUAAUUCAAUGAAGGAGCGUGUGAUAUCAUGGACACGGGAAGGUUCAGCAAAGCCAGAUGUUGUCAUCCUCGGUGCUGCAACGUGGUCUAUCAAGUUGCACGGAGGCUGCGGUGAGACGCUGCAGCAGUACAAAGACAACAUGACAGCCAUCGGCAUUCACCUGGAGAGACUGGCCAAGCACGGGGAGAUCUAUUGGGUCCUGCAAGACCCAGUCAAUGAGGAAGUGUUGCGCAGCGACAGGAAGAUGAUCACCAACCAGCAGUUGGACCAGUACAAUGAGGCGGCCGUGCACGCCCUCCGCAGCGGCAAGGGUUCCAACGGGUCCGGAGUCAAGCUGCUCUCUGCGUCCCGCCUGGCGGCAUUAGAGAUGAUCAGCCAGUCAGACGACGGACUGCACGUCCCAGAAAGCAGCAGGAAUGUGGGAGCCAUGGUCCUGAUGAACGCCGUGUGCAACAAGCGCCUGAGGCCCAUCGACGGCUCCUGCUGCCAGACGUUACCGCCGCCCAACUUCCUCCAGAAACUAUCCGCGUGCUUCUUCGUGGGUUCCGCCCUCGUCCUGCUGACCCUUCACCUCCUCUGCAACAACCGCCACCACCGGCCCGUUCCGCCAGACGUGGAGAGUCUGGAAGAGAAAAAGCCAGCCACUGCAGCUGCCCCGCUGGGUCUGAAGGCCACGUUGCAGACCCUCUGCAAGAUGGGAGUCAUCAUGGCGUACUUUUACCUCUGUGACCGGGCCGAUGUGUUCAUGAAGGAGCAGAAGUUCUACACACACUCCACGUUCUUCAUUCCGCUCAUCUAUAUAUUUGUCCUGGGGGUGUUCUACAGUGAGAACAGCAAAGAGACCAAAUUAUUAAAUCGAGAGCAAACGGAUGAGUGGAAAGGCUGGAUGCAGCUGGUCAUCCUCAUCUAUCACAUAUCAGGCGCCAGCGCUUUCAUUCCAGUGUACAUGCACGUGCGGGUGUUGGUGGCCGCCUACCUUUUCCAGACCGGAUACGGACACUUUUCCUUUUUUUGGCUGAAGGGAGACUUUGGACUGUAUCGAGUGUGCCAGGUUCUUUUUCGUCUCAACUUCCUGGUGUUGGUGUUGUGUGUGGUGAUGGACAGGCCGUACCAGUUCUACUACUUUGUUCCACUGGUCACCUUCUGGUUCGUCAUCAUCUACGGCACGUUGGCCAUGUGGCCUCAGAUCCUCCAGAAGAGGGCCAACGCUAGCAGCAUGUGGCACCUUUGUGUCCUGGCCAAGCUUCUGGGCCUCCUGGUGUUCAUCUGCAUCUUUGCGUACUCGCAGGGUUUCUUUGACAGUAUCUUCUCAGCCUGGCCCAUCUCCAAGCUGUUUGAGCUGAACGGAAGCAUCAGUGAGUGGUGGUUCCGAUGGAAGCUGGACAGAUUUGCGGUGAUACACGGCAUGUUGUUUGCCUUCAUCUACCUGGUUCUACAGAAGCGCCAGGUGCUGUCCGAGGGCAAAGGAGAGACGCUCUUCUCAGCGAGGAUCUCCAACCUGCUCCUCUUCCUCUCAGUCAUCACCUUCAUCACAUAUUCCGUGUGGGCGAGCAACUGCAACAGCAAAAGCGAGUGCAACGAGAUGCAUCCGUACAUCUCUGUGGUGCAGAUCUUAGCCUUCAUUCUAAUUAGGAACAUUCCCGGCUACGCCCGCUCCAUCUACAGCUCCUUCUUUGCCUGGUUUGGGAAGAUCUCUCUGGAGCUGUUCAUCUGCCAGUACCACAUCUGGCUGGCGGCAGACACCAAGGGGAUCCUGAUCCUGAUCCCCGGAAACCCAUCUCUGAACAUCAUGGUCAGCUCGUUCAUCUUUGUGUGCGUCGCUCACGAGAUCUCCCUCAUCACCAACGACCUGGCCCAGGUGAUCAUCCCCAAGGACACCGCCGCUCUGCUCAAGAGGGUGGGGGCUGUGGGGGUCCUGGCUCUGCUGGUACAGCUGACGACCAGAGACAGCUGGACCAAGUUUGACCACAGGGUGUGACUGAAACCCGCUGACUCACUCUUGAGACGGUACGAGGGGGGGGCGGAGGGGCCACCUUUUUUGAAAGGCUGCUGAAAACGCUGACUUUUCUGACUGCUGUGAUAGUCGCACACUGAACAACAACUUCCAUGUAGAAGAGAUUGUUUCAGCUCCGCACUGGACGUCCCUGCAGGAAAGGAUCUCCUAACUACAAACUCCGUCCACUUCUCAACACGUGCUGCAUUCUCUGCUUCCACCGAGACUGUGUGAGUAUUUGACUUUAAACAGGAAAAUAUGCAACACACAGAACGAGAACAAACCCCCCCACACACACGCCCCCUUUGACAUAUUUUUGCUAAUAAUGUUGGAGUAAUCUGGUACUGUGGUCAUUCUGCUGUAGCUCUGAAAUUCUAUGUGAUAUGUACAGUAUUUAAUUAUUUAAAAUGAAGCUUAUAUUUUAUACUUUUUUUCUUUUAUUUUGUACUUUUUGUCAAGUGAAGAAAAGUAUUGCAGUGCUCCAGCUGUGUUUUAGUGCUCAGUCUGCCUCAUAGAACACGACUCCAAAAAGGUUAACAAGCAGCGCUUCACUCUACAACGUAGCCUCAUGUACCAACAUGCACUGACUGGCCCGACUACCACGCAAAUAUUCUUUUUGUUAUCCUCUCCGAUUUAAAGGUAAAGGCAGGAUUUAGCACUUUUAUUUAAUGUAAAAAAAUGAGUUGGACGUGCAGCUAAUUUUCUGCACUCAAUCCAACUUUUAUUAAGAAAAUGAAAAGACUGAUGCUUUUUUACAUUUGUAAUAAUACAUUAUUACAUGGAUCACUUCCAGUCAUGUCAGCGUUUCACUUGUUUACUUUCUCAUUGCAGUACAGCGCUACUUUUGGUCUCUGGCCUUAAUUGUUGGUUUUGGUAGUGUAAAAGCAACAACUAUUUAUACUCUUUGAAAUGUUACACGAGUAACCUUUUUUUGUGAUGUCUUAAAAAAAAAAUGUGAAAUGUAUCCAUAUUUAUAAAUGCCUUUAUUCUGCUGUUCAUAAUGUUGGUAAUAACUUGAUAAAAUGUGCACUUUUGCAUUCUAUUGUUGUUUGUUUAC